GAUUGGCCGGCUGCCUGGCAAGUGUGGUACAGCGGGGUAGGUUGCGGCAUGAAUGUCUGUAUCACCGGUUCCUUGGGUAUCCCCGGUGCACGAGUAGAGAACGGGGAGUCUAAGGGAAGCUGCUAAGCGGAGUGACAGGUUUGUGGAGACAGGGCUGGUAUGAUUGGAUGAAGCGGCUGGAAGUACCACCCUGCCAGCAUCCUCUCCUGUCUGCAGUGCCAGCCUACACAUCCUUCCUCUGGCGUACUGCAGGGACCUUGUGCUAGCAUUCUUCUCUCAGCACCGCACCUUCUUCUCUGCACAGCUGAUAUCAGACAAGAUGAGUCGGGGGUAUUCAGAGAACAAUAAUUUUCCCUAUGACAAUAACCAGAUGGUUUUGGACAUGAUUCUGUAUUCCCUGGUGGGGGUCCCCCAGCCUAUUAACUGGGACAGUGUUGCAAGACUUGUUCCGGGAUAUUCAUCUAAAGAGUGUGCCAAAAGAUUUGAGGAAAUAAAAAGUAGCGGGACAUCACCUGUAGACAACCAGUAUAAUCCACUGCUGGCUACAGGAGGAACACCUUUGGAAAGCCUGGCCACGUAUAUCAAAUCUUCCCUGCUUGACCCAGCUGAAGAACCUGAGGAUGUGGCAGCAGGACAGGGUACAAACCCUAUUACAGGAAGACCUGGUGCUGCUUCAUCUAGAAAGUGUCCUCCAGAAAAAAGUAAAUCACCUGCUUCCACGGACCAAGAGAGUACAGAAGGAAACCAGGGGCCAAACAUGGUCAUUCAUGUAUGUGAUGAAGCCAAGAACCUGAGGGAAGACUUUGUGUGCCCACGAGAUCUCCUUAUAUCUGAGAUGAAGUACUUUGCAGAAUACUUAUCUACAGAUGCCCAGCGAUGGGAGGAGGUUGACAUUUCUGUUCAUUGUGAUGUACAAAUCUUUAACUGGCUGAUAAAGUAUGUCAAGCGGAAUUCUAAUGAAAGUGACAAGCAAGAUGUACUGAAGUUGGAACCUGGCAAUGUCAUUUCCAUACUGAUUUCAUCUGAAUUUCUAAAGAUGGAUUCAUUAGUAGAAAAAUGCAUUGACUAUUGUCACAAAAACAUGAGCGCUAUUGUAGCCACUCCAUGCAACAUGAACUGCAUCAAUGCAAACCUCCUAACAAGGAUUACAGACCUUUUCUCACAUAAUGAAGCGGAUGACAUAAAAGACAAGAAAGACAAGUUUAAGAGCAAAAUAUUUUGCAAGAAAAUUGAAAGACUUUUUGACCAAGAAUAUAAAAAUUCAGAUUCUCCAGCUAAUGCUGGGACGCUGUACAGAUGCUGUUUGUGCAAGAAGCUGCUGACAAAGGACGUUGAGCAGAAGACUGCUUGUCUACCUGGGAAAAUCAACAUCGACCAGUAUGGAAAUAUUGUUUACUUUCACAUAAGGGACAAAACUUGGGAUGUUCAUGAAUACCUGACCAGUUUAUAUGAGGAGCUGAAGUCUUGGCGAGAUGUGUAUUGGCGGUUGUGGGGUACUAUAAAUUGGCUUCACUGCUCCAGGUGUAAACAGACGUUCCUGUUAAAUGAGCUUACACAUUGUCAGUAUCAUCCAGAGCCGGCUGUGUAUUCACUCGAUUCUCCAGGCACUGGAGUCUAUCCUUGCUGUAACCAAAAAGUCCUCAGAUUUGACCCUGCACAGCUUCCAAAGGGUUGUAAAGUCCGAGAUCAUGUUAUUGGUCUGUCCGGAGGAGAUGCACCAAAGAGUUCUAUGAACUUACUAUGUGACCUCUUACAGAGAAGGGAUAUUAUAGUAGUUCCUUUUUCUAAAGACUCAAAUGGGGACUCUGGAAUUAGCCUAAGUCAAGAUAAAAGUCAUGAAUGUGAUGUCCAAAUAGAGCCGAGCGCAGCAUGUGCACAGAAGACAGCGGAGAUUAAUGCUUUUCUUUUAUUAAAAAACUUCAGUCUUCAGCUGAAACAACAGUCUCUGCUCUCAGAAGACGAUGACUACACUACUGGAUCUGAGGUGACAGAAGACGAGGUUGGAGAUGAAGAAGAAGUAUCAAAAAAACCAGGAAGGAAACAAAAACCAAAGAAGUCCAAUAGACAGCCAAAAAAACACACCUCUUCACCAAGUAUUCAUAAAAAAGAAAGGCCGCAAGAAAAGCCAUCUAGAGAUUCUUCUCCAUUUACAGUCAGUGUUCCGAGAAGUAAAUGGGAUGUGUCUCGCUCCUUAAGGUUCAACCAGGAUGCUCAAAGAGAAGAAGAUCAGAGAAGAAUGACAGAGAUCACAGGUCAUUUGAUCAAAAUUAGACUAGGAGACCUGGACCGCAUAAAGACGAAAGAUGGGAAGGAGCAGGCAGGUGGAAUUUAUUCUAGACUUGAAGCUCAGAUCAAAGCCUCAGUUCAGUCGAAUUCACGUCAAACUAACCCAGAGAAGAACCCCAGGUCUAAACCUCGUUUUGGGAUUGGAAGGCCAACAUAAGUAUAGGCUGUAUGUAUGCUUUUAAGAAUUUAUUAGCGUUUAUGAUCUGUCCAUGGGGACAGUGGAUAUUUAUUAAUACUUUUAAUGUAUGCUUGACAAGUUCUAUCCUAUUUGGAACAUGCUAGAUUGAAUUUGCUAAUAUGUUAUUUAACUUUAUAUACUCCUUUUUUUAAAUAAACUUAUUUUAA